AUGUGGAAAGCUAAACUCCCAGUGGAUGAUGUACUCAAAAGAAUGAAUAUUUCCAUUGUAUCAAGAUGCAGAUGUUGUCUAAAUUCACAUUCAGAGGAAACACUGCAACAUCUUUUCUUAACUGGUAAUUGUGCAGCAGAAGUGUGGAAUUACUAUACCACAGCAGCAGGUAUCAUAGACCCUCUAAUACAGUUACAUCAAGCAGUGCAAAAAUGGUGGAAUAUGAAGUGUGUAGGUAAGUUAAAACUAGUUUUUGAAGCAAUGCCAUCAUUCAUCUGUUGGCAGUUGUGGAAGAGAAGAAAUGCACUGAUGAAUGGGGCACAGAUGAGUAAGAGUAAAGUUAUCUACUGCAUCAAUCAGAACAUUCACAAACUGAUAAGUAGUCUAUAUCCAUGGUUGAAGAAUGUUCCACAUACUUGGCCUCAGAUGGUACAGCUUUUAGAAGGACUCAAUCCUAGAUCAGGAAGUCAAAUGGUACAAUGGAGAUUCCUAAGUACAGGGUGGUAUGGUGCAUCCAGGGGUAAUCCAGGCCAAAGUUCAGCUGCAUUUUGCAUUAGAGAUGAAAUAGGUGAUCUGAUUCAUGCUGCUGCUAGAAGAUUAAGCAACACAACAAAUAUAUAUGCAGAAGUAACUACAAUUCAUGAUGGUCUGCAAUAUUGUGUUAAUAACCAUAUGCUACCUGUGAUCAUGGAAACUGACUCUCUAGCUAUGGUGAACAUCAUUCAAGGAGACAGGGAAACUCCUUGGAAAGUUAGUAUGGAGGUGCAAAAUAUUAAAGAAUGGAGAAAGAGAGGACAAGUCCAGUUUGUCCAUGUCAAGAGGGAGGGCAAUACAAUGGCAGAUUGUUUAGCUAACAGUGUGCUCAAUUGUACAGGUGCAUUAGAAGUUAACAAUUUCCAAGAGCUCACACCUACAGGGAAAAUAUUGCUAAAUAUGGAUAAAUCCAUGAUUCCUAACUUCAUAUUCAAAACAUACAAGGAAAGGGAACCAGAUUGA